UGACCUCCACGACCAUGAAGACGAUGCCCACAAUCCGGCUGCGCGCGCAGAGUCCACAGCCUGGCGUAGCAAGCCCUCUGACUCUCUCCCCACCGCCAUCCACGCCCGACCGUCCCAAGUCCGCCACUGCGCCUCCAAAGCUCCGCAUCCUCGUUGCUCCGUCAGGCUUCAAGGAGAGCCUCGGUCCGGACGAAGUCGCGGACUGCAUUGAAGCCGGCAUCCGGCGUGUGCUGCCCGAUCCCUCGGUCGCCGAGAUCCGCAAGUUGCCGCUGCACGACGGCGGAGAAGGCUUCUGUCGUGCUCUCGUGGCCGCCAUGCGUAAUGCCAGUGCAGUCACUGGCACCAAGCUGAAUAUCACUGAUGGGAUCCGUGAGGUCCUCGUUACUGGGCCAGUUGGGAAGCCAGUCCUCUCGCACUAUGGCAUUGUGACGCUUGACACUAAAGCACGGGCUGCAGUGGCGUCAGACCUGGAUAAGACUCAAAAGAUUGGGAUUCUCGACAUGGCCGCCGCCGCAGGAUUAUCUCUCGUCCCGGCCACCUGUCGCGAUCCCACACUGACCACAACAUACGGCGUCGGCGAGCUGAUCGCGGCCGCACUGGACGAGGGGUGCGACAGGAUCAUCGUCGGCUGCGGAGACUCGGGAACGUCUGACGGCGGCGCAGGCAUGCUGCAGGCUCUUGGUGCGAGACUCCUUGAUUCUCAGGGUAAGGAAUUGCCCCGAGCUGCUGGAGGAGCGAGUCUGCUGGGCCUCGAGGAGAUUGACAUGAGCGGGCUCCAUCCCCGCCUCAGAGACUCCGCCACCAAAGUACACAUCGAAGCAGUGUGCAACAUCAAAAACAUCCUCACCGGCCCGCGCGGCGUGGCACGUGUCUACGGGCCCCAGAAAGGUGCUUCUCCAGCGCAGGUCAAGCUCCUGUCCAGGGCCCUCGACAAGCUCGCCAGCGUGGCUGAGCGCCUGUCACCUGUUGAGCACCACAACAUCGGCACACGCCCCGGCAGCGGCGCAUCGGGCGGUCUGGGCACUGCGAUGCUCCUCCUCGGCGGCCGCCUCCGGCCCAGGGAGGACGCCAUCGACGAGUACUUUGGCGUGAGCCAGCUCUUUUCACCUCCAGCGGCUUCUCAGUCCCUCGAUCCCUUGAAAGCCCAGCAGAAGAAAUGGGACCUCGUCGUUACUGCGGAGGGUUGUCUCGACGCACAGUCCGCGCAGGGCAAGCUGACCGUCGAGAUUGCGCGGCGGGCCCGCAAGCACGGCGCCGCGGUUGUCGCGCUGGCGGGCACCAUCGGGGCGGGCGCCGAUGGCGUGUACGACGACGGGAUUGCCGCUUUUACGAGCAUCCUCGAUGGGCCGCGGAGCUUGCGUGACGCCAUUGAUAGUACUGCCGUGCUGUUGACGGAUGCGGCGGAACGGGCCAUCCGGAUGAUACAGAUGGGCAUGGGGUUGAGAGGAGGGGCGGUUGAGACGAGGCAGGCAGGGGCGGAGGAGAGCCGCCUAGAAGAUUUCAAGCGUCUCUCUGGCCCCGUGGAGAUGAGGCUUGCGCGAUCGUGGACUAGCUAGGCCUCCCCUGGGGGAGCUGAAGCGUACUCUCGUGCGCCGCGAGGACCGGAGCCCUUUUCCACGUUAUUCUGUGUGCCGUAAGACUAAUGUUUACCACCAUGUCAUCGACUUGUUCAGAUAUCAACCACUGCGGCAGCAAAGGUUUGGGGUGUGAACUUGGGGACCAAUGUCAUGAGCAUAUCAGCAUAAGCAACGACAGCGACGCC